AUGACGCUGCAGCCAACAUUUGAAGGUAGGACCCCUGAACAGUGUUUGAAUGUGCAUACUGAUAGCCAUCCAGACAUUACGGGCUGUCAAGCUGCCCUGUUCGAAUGGGCAGAGAGCUACGACAGCAAAGACUGGGAUCGCUUAAAACAAUGCAUCGCCCCUUUCCUUCGCAUCGAUUACAGAGCCUUCUUGGACAAGCUCUGGGAGAAGAUGCCGGCCGAAGAAUUCGUGGCUAUGGUCUCUCAUCCCCACUUCUUGGGUAACCCACUCCUCAAAACGCAGCACUUUGUGGGAACAAUGAAAUGGGAGAAGGUCGACGACUCGAAAAUAGUUGGGUAUCAUCAGAUGAGAGUCGCCCAUCAGAAACACCUUGAUUCUCAGAUGAAAGAAGUCGUUGCAAAAGGUCACGGUCAUGGCUCAGCGACGGUGACGUACCGCAAGAUCAAUGGCGAGUGGAAGUUUGCCGGAAUUGAACCGAAUAUACGAUGGACUGAGUUUGGUGGAGAGGGGAUCUUUGGACCCCCUGAGAAGGAAGAGAACGGAGUCGCUGCAGACGACCAAGUGAUGAACUCGAAUGGUUCGAGUGAGGUAGAGGAGAGGAAUGGUCAUGUGGUGAACAAAGCGGUUGAGGUCAGGUCCGUCUGA